AUGACGCUGUAUGGCCUAUUUAGAGGCAGAAAUAUUUCAACAGGAGAAGUUGAGUAAAGUGUCAGUUAGUUGCUAAUAAAUAAAAGAAAAAAUAAAGAAUUCUCAGAGUGGAUAGAAUCCAGUAUUUCUUUGGCAUACUGCAACACUCCGCCAAAAGGAGCAACUAAUUCAGUUUAAAUACUGUCAAACUAUGCAGGAAUACAUAGAGUUUUUACAGAUCUAGUUAAUAAAUUCAGAUAAUAAUUUACAAAAAAAUCCUAUCUCCAUUACUAUUUGUAAGAAGGUAUGGAAGAAUUUUAAUUUUCAGAAGCCCUGAGUAAUUUAACAGAGACCUGCUUUGAAUACAAUCAGUACUCGUAAGAUGUUCUUUUUAAUCAAGAUGAUUCUUCAGUUGAAGAAUGA